AAACAACACUACCUACCUGGUUUUUAAGACCUACUAAAUGCUAUUUAGUAGGUAUUGUUAUCAAUUUCCUUUCCUUUGGAGGAUGACGCAAUAAGGAAUAAAAUUACAAGUACCUACCUACAAUUUUUAAUUCACUACUGUUUGAUCUCGAAUCUCGAUGAUUUUAGAUUUUUCCCCGUAUCUUUCCCUUCUGCAUACAAUAUGUACCUUCGUGGCGAAAGAAGAAGUACAACCCCUGAUUUUGUGACGUCGCAUUCGCGCGUGUUUCAUGAAUGAUUUCUUUCAUUGGACUGGACUGGGACAGAUGACAGAUCAUCAGUUAACAUUAAAAUCUUCCAUGUGUGCUUGGUGUUUUCGUGCUCGCGUACGCGUAUUUCAUGUGAAACUCGAGUGGUUUAUCUUUUUCCCCUUUAAAUUACCUAUAUUUAUAUACAUUAAGUAUUAUUUUUUUCUUAAUCGAUUGGUUGCAACAAAGCGUUCAAAAUGAAUGGUAGUAUAAGAUCCUGCUUUAAGCUGUGCUCUAACUCGAUUUUAUCAAAUUUGAAACAAAAUACUCAGCCGGAAAUGGCGAAACGACUGUACAGCACUUUUUGGAGAACUAUUACUGGCCCAAAACCAAUAUUAGUUAACAAUUUCAAAUCUAUUCUUGACCGCAGUUUCUCCUCGUCCUCGGCACAAUUUUCUACUGAAAUGACUUACAUUUUCUCACCAAUUGAAAAGCAAUUAUUGGAGCACGUAGAACAAGAAAUCGCCCAACCCCAAGGAGAGCAAAAAGCAGACUCUGAAGUUUGCGGUUUCGAAAAAAAAGUAGAUAAGAGUGAUCUUAUUUUUAGUAAAUCUCUUCCGAAUGAAAAAAUUUUGGUCUCAUUCAACACCAAUCAUUAUGUAAAGGCUGAAGAUUACAAGGAACCCAUUGGCAAUGAGACUGACGGCGAACCUUUCGAACAUAAAAUAAACCCGAACUUCAGAGUUGAAAUCCAAAGAAAGAAUAAUGCUACCCUAGGUUUUGAAUGCAUUCUUACUCAGAAUCGUACUGAUGAAAAUCACGUUCAGGGUGAGGACGAAGAAUGUCCAGAUACGAGUAUGUUCAUUAUUCGAAAUUACGCAUUUAACAAAGGACAACUGAACGAAAACAAUUAUCAGUGCUGUGGUGUUGGCAACGUAAGAGAUGCAGCUUUGUAUAACAUAAUGAAGAAUUUGUUAAGAGAAAAAGGCAUCUGCGACGAAUUUCUGUCUGCAGUUAUAUUCCAUAGUAAAAUUCAUGAAACCGAUAAUCAUAGUUGUUUUAUAAAAAACCUCAAGAAGUUCAUAAAAGGUGAAACGGGAUGGGAUCCCUCAGAGAUAAAUAUUAAUUCUUAUCUAAAUUGGUGUAUUAGCUUACUUCUUAUUUUCAUGAUAUGCGAUAACCACUGGAACCUUGCUGGCUGGGAAUGUUGACAGCGAAAAUUACGCUAAAAUGAUAAAUCGUAACCCAUCAGAGCUAGGAACACGUUACCACUACAACAUAACCUUAGCGCGUUCUAAACUACUGUUCUACAGGGUGUCCGGGGGAGUGGUAGUACAAACUUCAGAUUUAGAUAAAACACCGUUGGUAGGACUAACAUUAAGACGUGGCCUAUCUUGGAAAUUGAAGUGGCAAAAUACGUUUUCAAAAGCCGAAAUUCAAUUUUGACCUUGGGGGCCGGUAGUACUAUACCCAUUUUGAAAAAUGAACAAAAUUACCUAUUAUGACAUUUUGCCCAAGUUGCAAAUUGAAGGAGCUACAAAUGAUUUUUAAUUUCAAAAAAUCGUCAUGAAAAAAAUAAAUGCGAAAAUGAAUACCUAUUACCUUAAAAAAUAAACAAAUUUAGUUAUGAUCAUUUUUUUCUUACUCUAAAAUUUAAACAGUUUUUCAAGUUCAACAAUUAUUGAUUCGCUAAAAAUUUCAUUAAAUUUACAAUUUUUAAGCUUCAAAAACUUUUUACAUUUCAGAGUGAAAAAAAAGUGAUGAUAACAAAAUUACGUAGGUAGUUUAUUUUUUGACGUACGUUGCAUUCAGUAUAGCAUUUAGUUUUUUCAUCACGAUUUUUUAAAACCAAAUUCAUUUGUAGCCUCUUCAAUUUGCAAGUUGGAAAAAAAGUCAUAAAAAGCAAUUUUUUUCAUUUUUCAAAGUACUGCCGACCCCCAUGGUCAAAUGGAUUUUGAAAAUGUAUUUUGCCCCUUCAAUUUUGAAAAUAGGCCACACCUUCACAUAACCUUUUUUCUUAAUCAUACACGGUUGCAUCCUAAUCUGAAGUUCGUACCAUCAUUUUCCGGACACACUGUUGACUGUAUAAUAACUGGUAUUCAUUAGGUUCUGACUGGCAUAUGACAAAAAAUAUUUUCGUUUCUUAAUGUAUGACAACAAAUUGAAAACGUUUAAUUAUAAUGAGAAGUUCUUGAUAAUAUGUAUUUGUGUGGAAAAAGUGAGUAAUUUUCCACGCACAUGAUUUUUUUGAUCAUCUGCUGAAAUUUUUAAAUGUUAUUCGAGUGAAAGAGGUACCUACAUAUUGAACUAAAAGAAUCACUGUUUUUUUUUUUUUUUUUUUAGAUUAUUGAACCCAAAUUUCUGGAAAUGAAUUUUAUUUUGCUACUUAAGUUAGGUAUCAUUUUUUUAUACUUGAGUGAAUUUUUAAUUAUGAAAUUGUUUCAACAUCUGUCACGAAUUCUUCAUUUUUUAAAUUGUCAGAAAAUGAGGAAAAUAAAUUUUAAAAUUUUAAAAUAUUUAUUUAGUUAUUCUGUGUGUUUCAGAAGAAAAAAUUUAAAAUUUUAAAAUUUGAGAAUUUACCUUUUAACCAUCUAUUAUUGUGGUUCAACAAAUUUCCUUUCAACGUAAAAAUUAUUUAUCUUGCAUAAAUUUGGUAAUUUUUCAAAGGACUUGUGUGUCUUGUAUGAAAUCAUCAAGUACCUACACCAUAAUACGAAUAUUGUUAAUAUCUAAUAAGUUACUAUCUUACAUAUAUUUUUGUCGAUAUGAUGAGCAUGAAAAAAUAGAGUAAUUAUUGUUUUAA